ACCCUGUUUUCAUUUGAUCCAAAGCCCGAGCGGCAUAUCAGCAUGACGCGCUACCGGUCUAAUCUUCUAGAAGGCCACCACCAUUUCACUCUUUCUUCAGUAGCCAGCUGACAAACAUAUGGUUAAGGGAAGGCCUAACUAGUAGCUCGCAAAAUUCCUUCCAGUCAUGGAAACUUCUUUUGCUCUGUGUGUAUAUAUAUAUAUGCUCAUUUUUGAAGCUUUUUCCAACCAAAGAGUUGUAUCUCAUAUAACCCACCUGGUUUAGAGGACACCAGCUAGCGUGAAGAGCAAGAUAUUGAGUUCUUGCAGUAUUUAACUGGACCAAUUUACCUGUGUUGUGUCAGAUUCUACACUUUUGUUUUCAAAAAAAAUCUUGCUUCUCAGAUCUGAUAGUUAACCUAAGAAUUUGAGGGUGAUGAGUACAUCGAUUAGAGUUGAUCCUGGUGGGUUGUGGACAGGCAGUCUGCGACAGGCAAGCACCAAAUUGUUUGAAAGAAGCAGCAGUGUUUUCUCACAGUCAAUAGAACGCGAAGAUGAUGAGGAAGCACUGAAAUGGGCAGCCAUUGAAAAGCUCCCCACUUAUAAUCGCCUCAGAACUUCCAUUCUUAAGAAUGAAAAUCAAGAGACAGGAGGGCUUUCUGAGAUAGAUGUUAGGAACAUAGAGCUUGAGACUCGGCAGCAGUUGCUGGACAGGCUUGUCAAAGUUGCAGAUGAGGACAACGAACACCUUCUGCACAGGCUUCGUGAAAGGAUCGAUAGUGUUGGGAUCAAGUUGCCUGAGGUUGAAGUGCGUUACGAACAAUUGAAUGUGGAAGCUGAUGUUCAUGUUGGGGGCAGAGCGUUGCCCACACUCUUCAACUAUACAGCCAAUAUGGUGGAGGGACUUUUGCAAUCACUUCAUUUAUACAAGGGCAACAAGACAACCAUGACAAUCCUUCACAAUAUCAGUGGUGUGGUCAAGCCUGGAAGGAUGACACUUCUCCUUGGACCUCCUGCUUCGGGCAAGACUACUCUCCUCUUGGCUCUGGCAGGAAAGCUCGAUAAAGGCCUCAGAGUUGAGGGAUCAGUGACAUACAACGGGCAUACCAUGGAAGAGUUUGUGCCUCAAAGGACAUCAGCUUAUAUUAGUCAACAUGAUAUGCACAUUGGUGAAAUGACUGUGAGGGAAACUUUGGAUUUCUCUGCCCGUUGCCAGGGAGUUGGGUCCAGAUAUGAUGUUUUGACGGAGCUCUCGAAGCGAGAGAAAGAGCUUGGAAUCAAACCAGACGCGGACAUAGAUAUAUUCAUGAAGGCAACUGCAAUAGAGGGACAGAAGUCCAAUAUGAUCACAGAUUACUUAUUGAAGAUAUUGGGGUUGGACAUAUGCUCAGAGACCAUGGUGGGAGAUGCAAUGCGCAGGGGUAUUUCUGGAGGUCAGAAGAAAAGAGUUACAACAGGGGAGAUGAUGGUUGGAGCCUCAAAAGCCUUCUUCAUGGAUGAGAUUUCCACUGGUCUGGACAGCUCUACAACAUUUCAGAUUGUGAAAUGCCUCCGGCAAUUUGUUCAUGUUUUCAAUACAACAAUGGUGGUGUCUCUAUUGCAACCUGCCCCCGAAACAUAUGAUCUUUUCGACGACGUAAUACUACUUUCUGAAGGUUAUCUCGUUUACCAGGGGCCACGAGAAUCCAUUCUUGAAUUCUUCGAGUCCAUGGGGUUUAGAUGCCCCGAGAGGAAAGGAGUUGCAGAUUUCUUGCAAGAGGUGACUUCGCUUAAAGAUCAAGAACAAUACUGGGCAGACACAAGGCAACCAUACCAUUUUGUCCCAGUAAAGGAGUUUGCGGAUGCUUUCCAGUCUUUCCAUGUUGCUGUAAAAAUGAAUGCGGACUUAGCAAUUCCAUAUGAUAAAAAAAAGUCUCAUCCUGCCGCUCUUACAACAGAAAAAUUCGGUUUAAGCAAAAUGGAGCUUUUCAAAGCAUGUUUUGAUAGAGAAAUUUUACUCAUGAAGAGGAGUUCCUUCAUCUAUAUCUUCAAAUCCACUCAGAUAACUCUAAUGGCUUUGAUUGCUACGAGUGUGUUCUUUAGAACAAACAUGCAUCAUAGAAAUUUAACCGAUGGAUCCAUCUACUUUGGAGCUCUCUUCUUUGGGCUGGUUAAUGUGAUGUUCAACGGAAUGGCAGAAUUGUCAAUGACACUAGACAAACUUCACGUAUUUUACAAGCAGAGAGAUUUCAAGUUCUACCCUGCCUGGGCCUACUCUCUUCCCACUUGGGUUAUGAGGAUUCCUCUCUCCAUAAUGGAAUCCGUAAUAUGGAUCAUUCUCACAUACUAUACAAUCGGUUUUGCCCCAAAUCCACAGAGGUUUUUCCAACAGUUGUUGCUGUACAUUGCAAUUUCUCAGACUGCAUUAGGGUUGUUUCGAUUCAUAGCAGCUGUUGGUCGAAAUCGAAUAAUUUCACACACUUUCGGCUCAUUCGCCAUCUUGGUCAUUUUUGUUCUUGGGGGAUUUAUCAUAUCCAGAAAUGAUAUUAAAGGCUGGUGGAUAUGGGGUUACUGGAUUUCUCCUCUCAUGUAUGCUCAAAAUGCUAUUGCAGUAAAUGAGUUCUUGGCAAGCAGAUGGCAGAAGGAUAACAUUGGCAUCCGAUUAUUGCACUCUCGUGGGCUAUUUUCUGAUAAAUGGUGGUAUUGGCUUGCCAUUGGGGUACUUUUUGGGUACAAUAUUCUGUUUAAUAUGCUGUACACAAUGGCGUUGCAUUAUCUGAAUCCACUUGAAAAGCCCCAGGCUGUAAUUUCUGAAGAUGACUUGAAAAAAAAGGAGAAAUCAACAACCGGUAUUCAAGGGGAGAUCUCACAAGGACAGAAAAGUAGCAGUAUUCGACACAGUUCUAACUUAGGUGAGGAUGGCAAGAAAGGAAUGGUUCUUCCUUUCUCACCUUUGGCCAUGGCCUUCGACAAUGUCAACUACUAUGUUGAUAUGCCUGCUGAAAUGAAGACGCAAGGAUUACCAGAAAGCAGGCUACAGUUAUUGAGAGGGGUAAGCGGGACAUUCAGGCCUGGAGUGCUAACAUGUUUAAUGGGGGUGAGUGGGGCUGGGAAGACGACCUUGAUGGAUGUUCUUGCGGGAAGGAAAACUGGGGGCUACAUUGAAGGUUCCAUUACCAUAUCCGGUUUUCCCAAAAAACAAGAAAGCUUUGCUCGCAUUUCCGGUUACUGCGAACAAAAUGAUAUCCAUUCUCCCUAUGUGACUGUCUAUGAAUCCCUCAUAUACUCGGCUUGGCUUCGUCUCCCAAAGGAAGUUGAUCGUCAAACAAGAGAGAUGUUUGUCGAAGAAGUUAUGGAGCUUGUAGAGCUAAGUAACUUGAGAGGAGCUCUUGUUGGUCUGCCUGCAGUUAACGGUUUGUCCACAGAACAGCGAAAGAGGCUUACAAUUGCAGUGGAACUGGUCGCAAAUCCUUCAAUUAUUUUCAUGGAUGAGCCAACAUCAGGACUGGAUGCAAGAGCUGCUGCAAUUGUUAUGCGAACAGUUCGUAAUACAGUAGAUACAGGACGAACUGUUGUGUGUACCAUUCAUCAACCUAGUAUUGACAUAUUUGAAGCUUUCGAUGAGUUGGUACUGAUGAAGCGUGGAGGGCAGAUGAUAUAUGUAGGGCCUCUUGGUCACCAUUCACAAGAUCUAAUCAACUACUUUGAGGCAAUUGAAGGCGUUCCCAAAAUCACAGCGGGUUACAAUCCAGCAACAUGGAUGUUGGAAUCAAGUUCUGUUGGAGCUGAACUGCGUCUUGGGGUUGAUUUUGCAGAAAUCUACCGUAACUCAGAUCUCUAUCAGCGAAACCAAGCAGUGAUCAAGGAACUUAGCAUACCAGCUCCAGGGUCAAAGGAUCUUUACUUUGAAUCACAAUUCUCGCAACCUUUUCUGACACAGGCAUGGGCUUGCUUAUGGAAGCAGAAUUGGUCAUAUUGGAGAAACCCAGAGUACAAUGCAAUUCGCUUCUUUUUCACAUUAAUCACUGCUCUAAUGUUCGGGACAAUUUUCUGGAAACUUGGCAAUAAAACGAGUGAGCAGCAAGAUUUAAUGAAUGCAAUGGGAUCCCUGUUUGCAGCUGUAUUAUUUAUUGGCAUGAACAAUGCUUCAUCAGUUCAACCUGUAAUAGAUGUUGAAAGAACGGUCUUCUACAGAGAAAAGGCUGCAGGGAUGUAUUCAGCCCUCCCCUAUGCCUUUGCUCAAGUGUUGAUCGAGGUACCCUAUGUAUUUGUUCAAGCAAUGCUGUAUGGCGUAUUGGUGUAUGCAAUGAUUGACUUUGAUUGGACGGCAGCAAAAUUCUUGUGGUUUUUCUUUUUCAUGUUCUUUACAUUCUUGUACUACACAUUAUAUGGGAUGAUGACCGUAUCUCUGACUCCUAAUGCGAAUAUAGCUGCAAUUGUGUCCUCGGCAUUCUAUGGAAUCUGGAUGCUUUUCUGUGGCUUCAUAAUUCCUCGCAAGAAAAUCCCGGUGUGGUGGAGAUGGUACUACUGGGCAUCCCCAGUUGCAUGGACUCUGUACGGGUUGAUAGCAUCACAAUUUGGAGACAUGACAGAUCCAAUCAAAAGAUCAGAUGGCUUGGAAGAACCACUUAAGGAUUUCUUAAGGGGUUAUUAUGGAUUUAGACACGAUUUCUUGGGAGUUACAGCAGGUGUUACAGCUGGAUGGAGCAUUCUGUUUGGGUUCAUCUUUGCCUUUGCCAUUAAAAAACUGAACUUCCAAACCAGAUAAGAUGGAUUUGAAGAAGUACUAAAGGAUUUCUUAAGGGGUUCGAUAUAAAAAAGAUUUCGUAAGGAGUUAUUUUGGAUUUAGACACGAUUUCUUGAGAGCCACAGCAGGUGUUCCAGCUCGAUGGAGCAUUCUGGUUGUGUUCAUCUUUGUCUUUUAUUAUCAAAACUUUUUCAAAUCAUAUAAGAAAGAAGUUUUGAGAAGGAUCCGUCUGUUGUUAAACCAAAAUUGUUGAAACAAUUUUAUAAACCAUUUUAGCUUUGA